UCCGCCAUUUUACAACAUUCUCCCACGGAGACGGGAGCGGCAGCCAGUUGUUUCUAGUUUUCAGCGCGGCGUAGUUACAUAAUUUGUUCUAUAAUAAAAAAUAUUUAUAAGAAUUGCGGCAUCAAUAAAAAGAUAGGUGGUGUUAGUAAUACCUGUAGUUAGCCGAGAAGCGGAAGGGAGGGGACGCGAUGCCGAGUCACCCAUUGCGCGUGGCGGUUGUGUGCUCGAGCAACCAGAACCGCAGUAUGGAGGCGCACAGCAUUCUCAGCAAACGGGGAUUUGAUGUGCGCUCUUUUGGCACUGGGACACAUGUGAAGCUACCUGGCCCAGCACCGGACAAGCCCAACGUGUAUGAAUUCAAAGUGACCUACGAGCAGAUGUUCAAUGAUUUAGUCCGCAAGGACAAGGAACUAUAUACUCAGAAUGGUAUUCUGCAUAUGCUGGAGCGUAACAAACGCAUCAAGGCCAGGCCUGAGCGCUUCCAGAACUGCAAGGACCCCUUCGACCUGAUCAUCACCUGUGAGGAGAGAGUGUAUGACCAGGUGCUGGAGGAGCUGAACUCGCGGGAGCAGGAGACCUUCCAGCCGGUGCACGUCAUCAAUGUGGAUAUCCAGGACAACCAUGAGGAGGCCACGCUGGGUGCCUUUCUCAUCUGCGAGCUCUGCCAGUGUAUCCAGCACACAGACGACAUGGAGAAUGAGAUGGAUGAGCUGCUCCAGGAGUUUGAGGAGAAGAGUAACCGACCCUUCCUGCACACAGUCUGCUUCUAUUGACUCUUAUGCUGACACUGCGACACGGGGUGUGACCCUGUUGAUUCUCAGCCAUGCAACAGCACAUCCUCUGCUUCUUUUCACUUUUCUCUUGCACAGUUGUGCACUUUUGUGGACUGUAAUACUGAUGCGUUGCAGCACAAGCUGCUUCUGCUCACGUCUUGUUCCGAUGGAGGUCUGGCUCUGAAGUAUUGGCAUCUUGUUACCCAUCAGCCGUGUUCCCGAGACGCCAGCGUGGCAUUUUGGCUUUGAUGGAGUAAAACACUUUGCUACCAUUGACUGUUGUGCUGCAGCAUUAGCACAGCACAGCGCUGCGCUGACCACGUUCUGCUGCAAUACUUCAAUACUAUGUGCUUCUCUGGAGUUUGUGCUGCACUUUCAGCAGCACUGGCAUACGGCUGCUUUUGUCAUGAAAAUCCCCCUGUGACCCUUGGAGGAGAAGAGGGAGUUGCACCUUGUUGCCUUGCACUGUAACAUCCAGUCCACUCCUUUUACCCAGCCCAGCUAUAUGUAUAUUCCAAGUAUUUGACAAUGAAGUAGACAGGUGAGCCUAACCUGUCUCCCGUUUCUCUAGUCAGCGCAUCAUUCCUCUUUCGCCUGCCCUUGAGCUAAACUCACCUCAUGUUGACUACGAGACAAGGCAACAACCUCCUAGAGAACUUGGAGAAUGAGAUGUCCCAUGUGGUGGAUGUGAAUCUGCAGGAUGCGAGUCCAGUCAUACCUUCUGAAGGCCACAGGGUCUACAGGUUCUUGUUACAGAAUUGUCAUUAUUUGGACGGAAAGUAAGAACCUGCAAAGUGGGGCAUUGAGCAGAUGAUCCAACACCAGAAAAGUGUUAAAUUGUGUAAUUUCUUUAAUGUUGGGACACAACAAAAUUGUCUGUCCUGCUUUCUGGUAGGACAGGCAUGACUGAACAGGUUUGCUCCAAAAGGGUCGUAUUCCCUUCUGGAGUUAAUGGGGAAGUGAUGGAGGAAAUGGAAUGCGGUAAUAUAUUUAUGCGGAAAAAGUGUAAAAAUGAUUGACUGUUCUAUGGGAAAGAAAGGACAUUAAGAUUAAUAAUAAACCAUAAAGACCUCAGGGUUAAUACCUCUUAUUUAUAGAUUACUUUUGAUGCCACAGAAAUUUUUCUCUUUUUCAAAUGGUGAUUUGGUUCUUUUGUAAAUUCUAGCAGUAGGUCAGGUCCAGAAUGCCUGUAAGUCUGUACAGAUUUAAAAGUAAAAUAUUAAAAGUAAUGUAUCAAAGU